AUGCUUCGGAUCGCCGGGUGGUUGUACCCGGGGUUUGACUUCGGGCAGAUUUUGAAUCGCCUGACGACGACCAUCGGCGCGGAGUUGGAUUUUCGUCUGGAGGCCCGCAACAGCGAACGCGCCGCGGGGGAUUUGCGGAAAGGGGGGUUCGGCAACCGCGUCGUCUGCACGCGGAUCUUCCCUGACUACGUUCGACGCCGCGUGCUCGUUUCCGAGUUCGUCGACCACGCCGUGAAGAUCUCAGAUCGAAAAGGCCUCCUCGCGCAGGGCAUUGACGUCCGGGAGGUUUCUCGAAAUUUUUUCGACGCGAUCGCCUAUCAGAUCUUCGUCGCCGGGUUUUUCCACGCCGAUCCGCACGCCGGGAACGUGCUAGUUCACAAGCUGCCCGACGGCUCGCCACAGGUCGUUCUCAUCGAUUAUGGCCUCUGCGAUGAUCUAAACGCCGCGCAACGAAAGGAGUUAAGCGAGAUAUGGUCCGCCGCCAUUACACACGACAACGCCAAGUUAUCCGAGCUCGCCAAGCGCUAUCAUUGCGAGGAGUACGAGCUCUUCGCGUCUUGUUUCCUCAUGGCGCCCUACCAUUAUCACUCCAUCAAAGAGAAAAUUUAUCAGAACAAGGAAAUAGAGAGGAGUAUUCGUGUGCAAGUACGGGAGCGGAUGCACGACAUCAACGGCAUUGUAACCGGGCUCCCGAAGGAGUACGCCCUCGUUCUUCGAAGCUUAAUGGCAACUAAGGCAAUCAGUUACGAACUCGGUACUCAAAUUGGCCGCUCCAUGUGCUUCCUACGUUACUCAUUGCGUAGUUCGCACACAAGUGCGUCGGUUUUGCGUAUAUUUUGUUUAAAAGCCAGAGCAUGGGUGGAGACUCUCUACGCGCUUUUCAUUAUAUCCUUCCUGAGGUAUAGGAGCCCGGAAUUAGUAGAAACCCUGGAGACCAACUUUUACGUCUAA